AUGCGAGACAGAGUACUCCAAAUACUCCACAAACAACACAAAGGUAUAGAAAAAAACACGCCUCAGAGACAAUCAGUAUAUUGGCCUGGUCUGAAUGCAAACAUAGAUUACAUGAUAAAAGACUGUAACCAAUGUCAAACAUAUCAGAGAAGUCAGUCAAAACUCCCAGUACAAAUAAUCUACAGUACUGAAGCCAUAAACAUGGUUGGUUUGGACAUUUUUGAAUUUGAUGGCUCCCAAUACCUUUUAAUCGUUGGUUACUAUGCUGGUUAUUUUGGGGCAUACACACUUCAUAACAUGACUAGUUCAACUGUCAUCAGCAAGAUUGAUGAAAUAUUCUCCAUUUUUGGAUACCCAACAGACUUAAUAUCGGACAAUGGGCCACAGCUUACAAGCAGUAAAUUUCAAGAAUAUUGCCAGACUUAUGAGAUAAGACAUACAACCAGUGCACCCCAUCACCAACAAGCCUAUGGAUGCGCGGAAAGUAAAAAUAUACACAGCGCCAGUGGCUAG